AAAUUCCCCCAAAUUUUCCCCCUAAAGAAAAGACCUAUAUGGUUUUUGGGAAUGUACAAUUGUUCACAAGAACUUCCAAUUCUCCACAAUAAAACCCAAGAUACAUACAAUACAAACAAACAUCGCUUCAAAGUCCACAGUUCUUCCAUAACCUUCUUCACUCAUUCUCUGCUCCUUGUCAAAAAGCUCCGCAUUAAUCCAUAACCUGUCCUCUCCUCCAAUGGCUCAGAAGGUAGUGCUGAAGGUACUGACGAUGACUGAUGAGAAAACAAAGCAGAAAGCAAUCGAAGCAGCGGCGGAUAUAUUUGGGGUGGACUCGAUUGCUGCUGAUCUGAGCAGUCAGAAGCUGACGGUGAUUGGAGAAAUGGAUGCGGUUGCUGUGGUGAAGAAACUGAAGAAAGUGGGGAAGGUUGAUAUCUUGUCAGUUGGGCCAGCGAAAGAAGAGAAGAAGGAAGAAAAGAAGGAAGAGAAGAAAGAGGAAAAGAAAGAGGAGAAGAAAGAAGAGAAGAAAGAGGAGAAGAAAGAAGAUAAGAAGCCUGAGGAGAAGAAGUGAUCAAACCACACAUACUCCGGUUCUCAAUCUUUGGCUAUUUUCUGUGUAUCAUCUUUGAAUAAGUUUUUCUGGGUAUUUUGCCUAACAUGAGCAUGUUAUCAACAUUACAUUCAAUUACUGUUCAAAAGAAAAAAAAAUUACAUUACAUUCAAUUCAUAA